AUGAGUCGUCUCGCCCUCCUUUCUGCCUGGAUGUCAGUGGCAUUGCUCGCAAUCGUCACCGGUCUGAUGAUGGCAGGACCUGUACAGGCGCAGAGUGACGCCCCUAUUGGACCACUCACCACCAACAAUGCUCAGAGCGCUUGUGUGGAAUAUGGAGAUUGUACCGCCCUCCCAGCUGGAGCUACAGCCACUUCCCUCACCCAGCUCGGCCCCGUCAGCUCCGCCGCCACUGAUUCCCCCGUGUACGCCGCACCAUCCAACUCGGCAGAAACAGACGCCUCCCUCUCCGUGCAAGCCGUCAGCGGUGGUUCAGCAGCCUACAGCGCAACUGCCACCGGUUCACAGGCUAGCGUCGAUUAUUUCAGUACAGGAACUUUCACGGGUACACCGGCUGUUACGAGUAUUGAUUAUGAUACUACUGGAAGUGCACCUGCGGAGGGGAGCGCAGCAAGAAGGGCAUUGCCGGCUGUGGGCAAGGCAGGGUUGGCAGGUCUGAUGGGAGUGGUCGCAGCAGUGGUGGCAGGAGCGGGGAUGGUCUUGCUUGCCUAA